AAGAAAUGAAGUACUUCGUUUUUCUAUUUUUGGCCACGUCAGUGUCGGCUCGUUUUACCGACGAUGUUUACCAGAUCCUGGCCAAGGAGGAUGCGGACAAAAACAUAAUAUCCUCCCCUCUCUCCCUCGAAAUUGUUAUGGCCAUGGUGUAUAUGGGAGCCAAAGGGAAUACGGCUAAGGAAAUGCAAACUGUUCUGAAACUGCCUGAAGAUAGGAAAGAAGUAGCGAAGAAAUACAGAGAUUUCUUCACAAAUCUUCAUAAUCGUGAGAGGGUUGCAAUUCUUGAGCUGGCGAAUCGCAUUUAUGUCAACGAUAACAAGAAGUUAUUGCCAGAGUUUAAUAAGAUCGUGGCUGACUCCUUCAAAGCCAAGGCAGUGCCCAUUAGUGUAGUUAAUCCCAAAUCUGCGGCAGCGACUAUUAACUCUUGGGUCUCUGAGCAUACGCGGAAAAAAAUAACUAAAAUUAUCGACCCUGACGAUAUAGAUAGUGGUUUAGUAGCGGUUCUUAUAAAUGCCAUUUACUUUAAAGGCGAAUGGAAGUAUGCAUUUAACAAAACUUAUACAAAGAAGAAAAUUUUCCGUACUUCUAACCAAGAACUUCAGGUGGACAUGAUGUCUCUAAAAGGCAAGUUCAAGGCCAAUACAUUCGCCGACUUAGAUGCCAAGGUUCUUGAACUUCCAUAUCGAAAUUCAAGCCUCUCCAUGCAAAUAUUCUUGCCAAACUCUAUUAGCGGUCUCAGUAAAUUGGAAAGCCAGAUCGAAGGCUUCGACCGAGCUCUCCGUGAACAAGACGUGUACGUAGAAAUUCCAAAAUUUAAAAUUGAGUUUGAAAAAAAACUCGUCAAGGUACUUCAAAAGUUGGGAAUUAAAUCAGUAUUUGAAGAAACUGCUGACUUGAGUGGCAUGGUGUCAGAAGGUGCAAGAGUCAGUAAAGUUCUACAAAAAGCAUUUCUGGAAGUGAACGAGGAAGGUGCCGAAGCAUCUGCUGCAACUGCUGGUAUUGUAAAGGGUCUUUCUUUGUGUGUGGGCUGUGAGACCACAAUGAGAUUUACAGCCGAUCAUCCCUUUGCCUUUUUAAUUCGCGAUGAGAAGACUAUUUAUUUCCAAGGACAUUUUGUUAAGCCAUAAAAUAUAAAUAAUGUUAACAUUAUAUGGAAUGAUGCAAAAAGUAAUUACUGUAAAAAUUUCGAUUUCUACAAUAAAUCUGUAAAUUGGU